AUGAAACAAGAACGGCAGCGAGGAAAGCCUUUACUCUUUGAGCUUCGCGCUCCUGAAAAUAGAUAUGCGGUGUUUUACUCACCUAACAAAGUUCAGCAAGCGCUGGAACUUCAGGCAGCCAAGGAUCGUGAGAUAGAGCUUGCUAAAGCUUCAAAAGAGCAAGACAAGCUUCGCCGUCAGCAGGAAAAGGAGGAGAAACAGCGCUUAGUUCAAGAGAGAAAGCAGAAUCGAGAAACUCAGCGUGUAAAAAAGCAGCAAGAGAUGGAGGCAAAGCAGCGGAAGAAAGAGGAAGCGCGGAUCGCUAAGGAGGCCUCUGUACAGCUUCAAAAUGACUUUAGAUCUGUUAAAAAGAGCAAGCCUAAGACAGCUAAGCGUUCUACAGUUCAAAAUACUGCAGAUAUCGCUCCUACGCUGCUUGAUGAGGUUGUACAGACCCCUACGCCUACAAACCGUCGAGGCCGGCAGAUCCGCCUCCCACAACGCUUUCGCGAUGCUUAA